CCUUCGAAACACACAAAUUUGCACAAAUUGUUAAACUUUGUUUAUUUGUCAACUGUUGUCAACUACCUGAAAAUUAUUUAAAAUAUAAAUAAAUAAAGUUAAUUAUUAAACAAAAACAUCAUGAAUCAAGUAAACAUGUUGACAAAUGUUUUAUCAAGAACUGCAACAAGAUUGUUACAGUUGCCAUUUGAAGUAUUAUCACAACAAACACGAAAUACAUUUGUAUUGCAAAGAAGAAAUCCAGUUCCUUUGCAUAAAACUGGUGGAAGAGCAAAACGUCUAAAGCAUCGACAUUUUAUUUAUGAUCUUGUUGAAAAUACAGAUGUUAAAAAAAAAAAACCAAUUGAUAUUAUAUUAACAAGUUAUGUUGAAGGUAUUGGUGAUAGAGGUGAUAGAGUUACAAUGCCACCAUUACGUGCAUACAAUCGUCUUCUACUUCCUGGUUUAGGUGUUUAUGCAACACCAGAAAAUAUUAUUAAAUAUGAUAGUGAAAAUGAAGAUCGUGCUAAGACAAAAUACAGCUCACCAUAUAUACCAAGAUUAUUAAGUAUAUUAAAAAAUUAUUUACUCAAUGUAACAAUGUCAUAUGAUAAUCCUUGGAAAUUAGAAAAAUAUCAUGUUAGAGCAGCACUUCGUAAAGCAGGAAUAUUUUUAACUGAUGAUUGUUUAACAUUACCUGAACGUGAUAUUAUUGGUCCAAAUGAUGAAUAUGAAAAUAAAGAAUUUUAUAUUACAAUUACAGUUAACAAAAAAGAACAAGUUAAAGUACGUUGUAGAAUUCAUCAUUGGAGUAAUUCUGUAACAGCUAAAAUACCAGUUAAUAAAGAUUUUUAUAAAAAAAAAUCAGAAGCAAUAUUUCCUGAUGAUCAAGCUGUACUUGAUGAAAUGCCAACACCAUAUCAUAUUCAAGCACAAUUAGAACUUGAAGCUAAACAAGCACUUUAAUUAUAUUUGUUACUACUGUCAAUUAUAUUAAUUUGAGCAUAAAAGAAUCAAUAAAAUAUUAAUAA